AUGUAUACUAUUCCAUUUUGGAUUUCCCUUUUUGUGAUAAUACCGGGAAGAAUCACAUGUGCUGUUAUCAUUAAUAGCUUCAAUGGACUUACAGUGGGUUCUAAUGAACUUAAUGGUAUCGGAAAUGAUAACACUGAUAUGAUUAAUGUCAAUAAUGUCUCUGGAGCUUCUCGUUCCUAUCCACGUAGCAAUUACGGACGAUCAGCGCCGGUAUCAUAUUCUUCUUCCGCUUCCUCUUCCGCCUCUUCCGUAUCGAUAAAUUCAUUUCAAGGUAAUAUUGGUGGUUCUAAUUCAUUUCAAAAUAAUGCUGGAAUAUCAUUGAUACCAACAAGAAAUGCUGCUGCAACUUAUCGCUCUUCGUGGAGUGCUACUACUGAUCCAUGGAAAGUAUUUCGACGACGUAUGCAAAUUUGGGCAGCACAAUUACGGGCAAGGUAUCGAUUGUACUACUCGCUAUAUCCAUAUGCUUACAUCUACUGGAACUAUUAA